UUAUUAAUAUAUUUGCAAGUCAUCGAUCAUUAAUACAAUCGAGUAUAUUAACAUCUGCAUUAUAUAUUCGUGAAAAUAUAGAAUAUCUGAAUAGAACAUUAGUGCUCUAUAAAUGCUCGAAUUGCGUUAAGGAUUAUUAACGCAACACAUCGAUCCUUUCAUCGAGAGUACAACGGAUGUUGGUAAAAUCUGGAGAAGUAGCGAUGCUUGUCCGGCAUACGUAACUCGUAGUUACAUAGUGUUGUUUCUUCGGGAAGUCUGAUGACACGACGCGUUUCCCAUCGCCGGUACAUAUGUGCGCGCGGAAUACGCGCCAUCGGUGUAAAUAUUGAACAAGUGACGUAAUUAGUUGCGCGAGGCAUGAUAAUAAGCGGGGACGUCGUUACUCGUCGGCGCGCCUCGCGAUCAGAUAACGCAUACGAAAUUGUUCCUCUUUUCGAGGUCGACGCACCAUUCGUAUCUGCUGAGGAAGAACCUGAUAAAAGAUUCAGUUCAGAUCUGUCGUCGUUGCCGGCCUCUCAUCGUCAUCCAAAUUCCCGCGAAAACGAUCGAAAUGGAGAACGAUACGGACGAGACAUUAAAAAUUGCCGGCAUCUGAUUACGAGUCCAAUUGAUUGAUGAAGGCAAAGUCUGAGCGGAGCACAGACUGGAGCAGUUGAGGAGGGCGACAGAUAGAAUACAAAGGGAGAUCGAAGAAGUCACCGAGAGAGAACACGAAUUGCGGAACGUGGGUAGCAUUAAGACUAUAUCCCACGAGACAGUGGAUUCUAAGGUGCGUCGCAUGCCGCAAGCUCUAGCCUCAGGCAAGUUGAAAAGAACAACUUCAACGCCGCAGAUUCUGGAGGCAGUCAGUCUGUCGCCAAGUUCGACGCCAAAAAUGACGAACGGUGUGAUAUCUACGCGUACAACACCAACACCGUUGCGUUUCGCAAAUGUGGCAAGUCAAAAAGGUUUGAUGCACAGAUUUCUUGCUACACGAGGAAAGAUGUAUAAGAACAAAUCGGGCAGCAAUGAUAGUUUAAGUCCACCCGUAACACCUACUAUCACACUCAAUCCUAUAAGCAUCAAAGCCUUCAAUAGAACAUUGGAGAUACAAUUGGAGCCGGACAACGAGCCAAAGAAACCAUUGACGAGGAAAGGAUAUGUUCCUGUUGAACAGAAGAUUCAAAAGGAGUUACACGAUAUGAAGGAACGAGAGAACGAAUUAAGAUUAAUGAGAUCGCAGAUGUUAGCCAAAUCUCAGCCGAAUUUACUUGAUAUAGGAAACGAUAAUGAUUCUGAUAUUUAUGACGGUUCCGGUUCUCUUAGAAGCGGCGCUUCUACCAAUACUCUAAAUGAAGAUGAAACUGAAAAGGAACAUAAAGGAAAACAUAAACCUAAUCCACGACGUCGUAACGUGCUCAUCGCUCAGUGGGAGAAUCUGAUAGCCGCCAAUAGAGAAUCUCUCGAGAAUAACAACGAAAACGAUAGUUAUUUCUGAAGAUCCUAUAGUUUCAAGUGAAUGCUUGCAGACAAUUUUAUUCUCAUCUUUAUCCGGUCGUUAUCUGGCAAUAUAAAUAUUUGAUUGUAAAUCAGUAACACAGAUUAAUAUUUCAUUAUGUUAGGCAACUGUUUUAUAUUAUAUAAUGAGAUAUUUCUCUGCCGUUCUCGAGCGGCAUACAUGUUGAAUGUUUAAUCUACAUCGAUUUCCUGUUUAUCUCGUCUAUAUAGUUUAUUUAAAUGAAUGAAGGAUUUUUUCAUGUUUAAUAUUUAUGCGCUGUAAUGUUAAUUAGGAUACAACAUAUUCUCAGUAUUAAGUUGCUAGAGUAUUGAAUGUAAUUAUUUAUAUAAAAAAAAUUUCUUAUAAUAUUUUAAGAAUCCAUUUUAAGAAAGUAGGAGGCACAUAUUUUCUUUCAUCGUUAUUAAUGAAUGUAAUACGAAUAUGAUAUGUAUUCUCAUUUGCAAACGACUGAAAGUUUUUAUCAUCUAAUAUAUAAUCUUCCCAGUGCAAAGUGUGUAAAGUGUCCCAGUGUGCUUGUAAUGAUUAAUUAAAGACCCACUCGAUUAGAAUUAAUAAUAUGUAUGAUAUUAAUAUAUAUACAGAUGUAUAUUAAGUACUUAAUUAGUUUUAAACAGAUAUAGUUAAAUCAGUGCAUACACACACAUGUGAAAACAAUUACAAUA